AUGUCGAGCAACCGCAACUACGACUUUCUUAUCAAGCUGCUGCUGAUCGGCGACUCGGGCGUAGGCAAGUCCUGCUGUCUGCUGCGCUUCAGCGAAGACUCCUUCACGCCGUCCUUCAUCACGACCAUCGGCAUCGACUUCAAGAUCCGCACCAUCGAGUUGGACGGCAAGCGCGUCAAGCUCCAGAUCUGGGAUACCGCCGGCCAGGAGCGCUUCCGCACCAUCACCACCGCCUACUACCGCGGCGCCAUGGGCAUCCUCCUCGUCUACGACGUCACGGACGAGCGGUCUUUUAACAACAUCCGCACCUGGUUCGCAAACGUCGAGCAGCACGCCACCGAGGGCGUCAAUAAGAUCCUCAUCGGCAACAAGUGCGACUGGGAGGAGAAGCGUGUUGUCUCGACCGAGAAGGGCCAACAGCUCGCCGACGAGCUCGGCAUCCCCUUCCUUGAGGUCUCGGCCAAGAGCAACAUCAACAUCGACAAGGCCUUCUACUCGCUCGCCGCCGACAUCAAGAAGCGUCUAAUUGAUAACCAGAAGAACGAGCAGCCGACCGCCUCGGGCGUCAAUGUCGGCGAGCAGGGCGGCGCCGGCGGAAAGUGCUGUUAG